AGAAAGAACAUUUGAAGGGAAAUUUUGAAAAUGGGAAAGAGCAUAAGUGAAGUUGGGAUGGAAGAUUUAGUAAGAGCAGGAGUAGGAGAGGAGGAGGCUAAAUGGUUGAUGGCAGAGCUGAAAGCUGCAAUUGCUAAAGUGGGUUUCUCUCAAAAGGAGUUAUGGCGUGAGGUCACUGCUCGGAAAUUGCUCAAACCAUCACACCCACAUCCGCUGCACCAGCUUCUUUACUACUCUGUUUACCAUAACUAUCACAAUGGCCCACCUCUCUAUUGGUUCCCUUCUCUGAAUGAAUCUAGAUACACAAAUUUGGGCCGCAUAAUGGACACUCAUUGUCCAAAGCUUUUCAGAGCAUCAUACGAAGACCCAAUCUCGAGUUUUAAAGAAUUUCAGAGGUUUUCUGUUCAGCAUCCUGAGAUUUACUGGUCAAUUGUUUUAAAGGAACUUCCAAUUCACUUUCUGGAAGCCCCUAAAUGCAUCUUGGAUUUUUCUGACAAAUCAAAACGUGGAGGAAAUUGGCUUCCUGGUUCAGUUCUAAAUAUAGCCGAGAGUUGUGUACGUUCGAGCAAUUACAGCAACAAGCAGGAUGAUUGUGUGGCCAUUGUAUGGAGGGAAGAAGGGAACGAUGACAAAGAAGUUAAUUGCAUGACAUUGAAACAGCUGAGAGAACAAGUAAUGAUGGUUGCAAAUGCACUGGAUAACAUGUUCUCAAAGGGAGAUGCAAUUGCCAUUGACAUGCCAAUGACUGUCACAGCAGUUGUUAUUUACUUGGCCAUUGUUCUUGCUGGAUAUGUGGUAGUAUCAAUUGCUGAUAGCUUUGCUGCACAGGAGAUUGCAGUCCGUUUACGAGUGUCUAAUGCUAGGGCUAUAUUUACACAGGAUUCUGUAGUGCGAGGAGGCCGAAGAUUCCCCUUGUAUAGUCGAGUUAUAGAAGCUGCUCCACUUAAAGCUAUUGUAAUUCCUGCAACUGGGGAGGAUGUACAAGUUCAACUAAGGAACCAAGAUCUUUCAUGGAAGUAUUUUCUUGCCGGUGUCAGUCACCUUCCCAGGCCAAAUUGUUAUUUUCCGGUUUAUCAAUCCAUAGAAUCUGUUACCAACAUACUAUUCUCAUCAGGAACGACAGGAGAUCCGAAAGCAAUUUCUUGGACUCACCUGUCUCCCAUUCGAUGUACUGCUGAUUCAUGGGCUCAUCUUGAUAUUCAAUCUGGUGAUGUUUUCUGCUAUCCCACAAACUUGGGAUGGGUGAUGGGACCAGUUCUACUGUACUCCUGCUUUCUAACUGGUGCAACUCUAGCUCUCUAUCAUGGAUCUCCUCUAGACCAUGGUUUUGGGAAAUUUGUGCAGGAUGCAGGAGUUACUGUCUUGGGGACUGUUCCUAGCUUAGUGAAGACUUGGAAGAGUACUGGGUGUAUGAAAGGCCUCGAUUGGACAAGGAUAAGGAUGUUUGCUAGUACUGGAGAAGCCUCUAAUGUUGAUGAUGACCUUUGGCUUUCUUCAAGGGUGUACUAUAAACCCAUUAUUGAAUGUUGUGGAGGCACAGAGCUAUCAUCAUCUUACAUUAUGGGAAACCUUCUUCAACCACAAGCUUUUGGAGCAUUUAGCUCUGCAACAAUGUCCACAGGAUUUGUCAUCUUAGAUGAAGAUGGGCACCCUUAUCCAGAUGAUGAAGCUUGUGUUGGUGAAAUUGGCCUGUUUCCUACCUAUAUGGGAGCUACUGAUAGAUUGCUGAAUGCUGAUCAUGAAAAAGUGUACUUCGAGGGAAUGCCAAUAUACAAAGAUAUGCAACUAAGGAGACAUGGUGAUAUCCUAAAGCGAACUAUUGGAGGUUAUCUUGUUGUUAACGGCAGAGCUGAUGACACCAUGAAUCUUGGAGGCAUAAAGACAAGUUCAAUAGAAAUUGAGCGUGUAUGUGAUGGUGCUGAUGAGAGUGUCCUUGAAACUGCUGCAGUCAGUGCUGCCCCAUCCAAUGGAGGUCCAGAACAGUUAGCUAUAUUUGUGGUUGUCAAAGAGGGGAUGAAUAUUUCACCAGACACACUAAAGAAAAGAUUCUCAAGAGCCAUUCAAAGCAAUCUUAAUCCUUUAUUCAAGGUGAGAUGGGUAAAGAUAGUUGGAAUGUUGCCUCGAACAGCUUCAAAUAAGUUGUUGAGGAGAGUUUUAAGAGAGCAGUGGAAGCAACAUAUUCAGAUACAGAGUAAACUUUAGCUCAAAUUUGCAAAAACAGGUCAAGCAAGAAGAUAUGAUGUAUGUU